GGCGCUGCCGAAUGUCAAUAAAUCGAACUGCUGGCUAAACAGGUAGGCUAUUGGAAGCACAAAAUCCUUUGCCUACAAAUUUUCUAUGGAGUGGAAAGGGCUCAAGGUCAAUUAUCAGCAUAAUGUGCCCGUAUGUUAUCAUUUCAAUGCUGUUUUAGCGUAACUGUGUUUGGCAGAGAGUGGUAAAAUGACGAAAAAAGAUAGAAGUGCUAUUUUUGUAGCCUAAAUUAUUUAUAAAUCUUGCAAUAAAUGAAUCAAGCCCAAAUGUCCAACAGCAUGUAGCCUAAACUGCAUAUACCUACAACACAGGUCUUUCCUAAACAAAUCAUCAUACAUUUCGAAAAUAUUCAUCGUCACAUAAAUAGUUUACACAGGUUAAGUUUUCAUGAGGAUCUCCCACAGGUGACGCCUUCAUCCGCUUCUUUAUGUCCUCCAAUCCCAGUGGUACUGGACUCGGGAGCGAUAGCCAAUGUUCACUCUGUUCACACCGGUUCAAUGCGAACCUUUCUCGUGACUCACCCUGCACUCUCGCUGUUGAAUGCUCUGGAGGACUUAUACGGAGAAGAGCGAAGCGCACCGGGGGAUAAAGAGACCGCUAUCGGCUUUACGAAAAAGUCAGGGAUCAGCGUAGUUGCGGUAACUGUUGUGUGAUUUUCAUCUAGCCCAAGAAACAGGACAGAAACUAAAACCACAAGCAACCCGAACGGAUGAGCAUCUAUAUGUCGCCACACAAACUGGGAUCAAGUAAAGGUUUAUGGUGUAGGCUGUGUGCCUGCGGGAUGCCCUGAGCUUUCCUAAUCUCAAUUCAGUUUUAUUUCCCGCAUAACGAAUUUGCACAAUACAUUAUUUCUUAUGCCUCAAACUCCAAACUUCAACCGAAGGUUACUGUAUUAGGCUACACUGAUUGUUCGAAUUUUGGCUAUGUAGCCUACGCUUUUCACAGAUAGACAAGGAAAGCGUCUACAACUUUCCCAUAUCUCACCAUCAGGAGAAGAACCAGUAAGCGGGUGACACCUCUACUCUGCAAGUGCAACGGAGUGCUCAAAUAACGUUAUAGAGCAUUUAGUGAUCAAGCACAUGUGCACUUCUCUUAUCGCAUUUUAUUGACUUCGGGAACUGCGCUACCGUGGAGAAGAUAUUGGCGCGGAUAAACGCAGGAGGCAAUCGGUUCAGUAUCAGCCUGUAAGUGGGUAUUUACUGCACGUCCUGGAGACAUACACGCACUCGUUGAGCUGCCGUCCAGCUGUGCAACAUCACUAAACUAUUUAGGAGUAUUAAGUACUUCUCGGAUUGAAGCGAUGGCCAUUGGAAUCAUCGAACUGAUGUGAUUUUUAAAGAAAGCUGGAAUCCCGUUUUACAUCGGAAUUACUGAACUGGUCAUUUAGCCUAUGCUGUGAAAGGAAUGAACAGUGGACGUUUCCCUUCAUGAUCAUCAGCAGGUGUCGUUAAGUGUCAGAUGGACGUUCGCUCUUUUUCAGCAUUCCGCUAAUAUUGGUUCCGAAGUUGAGGGAGGGCAAGAGAAAAGAUGACACGUCUCUGCAUACUUGGAUACAUCGUGGUCUUGCUUUGCAGAGUGACAGACUGCAGGCUCAUGCUGGACGGCCUGCAGAGAUACAGCCCCAUGCCCAUGUACCUGCCCGUCCAGUACCGCGUCCUCAACGCUGAGUCUUCCUUCUUCCUGAAGGAGGCCAACCAGGACAUCAUGAGAAACUCCAGCCUGCAGGCCCGCACCGAGCUCUUCUUCAUCCAGCAGGCUCACAGGACUCCGCUGGUCAACGCCAGCUACGGGCCCUACACUGUCCAGCAGCCCGUGCCCAUGGACCUGCUUGGGCCUUCCCAGUUUGGAAGCCUGUCCUCGGCCACCGCCUCAGCCUCGCCCUCUUCGCCGCCCCUCUUCACCUUCAACUGGAAGGUGCAGACCUACAUCAUCAGCGAGCGCAUCUACCCAAGCUGGCCCAAGGUGCAGGUGCUGUUCUAUGUGUCGGGCCGCGACUGGGACGACUACACCGCCGUGGACCGGCUGCCGUGCGUUCGCAUGUUCGCCUUCUACGAGACCCAGGAGGUCCGCGGCACGUGCCGACUAAAGGGCGAGCUGGGCAUGUGCGUGGCCGAGCUGGAGCCGCUGGCCAGCUGGUUCAGCCCGCCCAGCGUGGUGCCCGGCAAGCAGCGAGCCCCCGAGCAGGCCGAGGGCACCCCCGUCGAGCUCUACUACAUGGUGCAGUUCACCGACGGCGGCGAGUGCAACCCGGAGGACUCCCGCAAGCCGGCGGGCAUCCGCGCCGCACCGCAGCCCGGGCCCAUGGGCUACUUCUCAGGCCCCACGCCCAUGCGGCGCAUCGGGAGCGUACGCCUCUACCAGCCCCUCUCCGAGCUGAGGCUGGACAGCACGUUUGUGGUGAUGCUGCCCUCCAGGCCCAUGCGGCAGAGGGAGACAGUGUCAGCCUUCCUGGCCGCCUCCACCCUCUCUCCCUUGGACAUCUUCACCCUGAGGGUGAAGCUGAAAGAUGGCGUGGCAUUUCUCGGGGCGCGGGCCAGCAACCCCGCUCAGUGGACCGUCAGUCAGGAUGCAAGGAGCGAGGGCCACCGGGUCGUGACCUUACACUGCCGCAGGAAGGACGCCAACUAUGGUCAAAGGAUGGAAGCAGCCUUCCAGAAGGUUCUGCAGGUGGAUCUGGAGGUGAAUGGCCUGCUGGAUCCUCUGAGCAUCCGUACUGUUACCUGGCAGGUGGAGUACCCCCUCACCCGUACCCUCUCUGAUGAGAUCCAGACUCUGAUCCGCCUGGCGCCACAGGACUUGGGGGGCAUCGUGCCUCUGGCUAUGGACACAGAGAUAUUGAACACUGCAGUGCUCAAUGGCAGAACAGUGGCGGUACCUGUAAAAGUGGUCACUGUGGGAACUGAUGGGUCAGUGACUGAUGUGACCGAGUCGGUGGAAUGCCGUUCAACUGAUGAAGAUGUGGUCAAGGUAUCUGAGCGCUGUGACUAUGUGUUUGUGAACGGGAAGGAGACCGGCGGGCGCGUGCGGAUGCUGGUGAACUUCACCUACAGCUACCUGAGCGCCCAGCUGGAGGUGAGCGUGUGGAUGCCCCGCCUGCCACUGCACAUCGAGCUCUCCGACUCUGAGCUCAGCCAGAUCAAGGGCUGGAGGGUGCCCGUCUCUGCCAACCAAAGGUUUGGCAAGGAGGACAAGGAGGAGGAGGAAGAUGAGAGAGCGAGGAAGGAGCGUGGCUGCGGGCCGCAGUACCAGAGCUCCACGGUGCGAGUCCUCACCCACUUCGCCGCCGAGCCGGCCGAGCGCGGCGGCGGCGGCCCCACCGACUUCCUGCUGGGCUCCGACUGGCAGGUGGACGUCACGGAGCUGGUGCGCGAGUCGAUCCGAGUGCUGGACUGGCGCGUGGCCCGGCUGCAGGAGGGCGCGGUGCUGAUGGGGAUGGAUGCCGGCACCACCAAAGUACAGGUGAUGUCUCCCCUGUCGGACUUGGUGCUGGCUGAGAGGGUGGUGCGGGUUCUGGAUGAUAAAGUGUCCAUCACAGAGCUGGGGGUGCAGCUGGUCUCUGGCCUCGCCCUCAACCUGCAGCUCAGCCCUGGGAGCAACAGGGCCAUCGUCGCCACGGCUACCACACAGGAACUCAUGCAGAGCCUCAAACAGGAAGCACUCAUCAGUGCCUGGCUGCAGUUCAGCGAUGGCUCCAUGACCCCUCUUGACCUCUACGACCCUGGUCUGUUCAUGCUGAGCGCCACCUCCCUGAACGAGCGGGUGGUGGCUGUACGGCAGGACCCCGUGUGGAAGUGGCCAGUCAUCGUCACCAAGGGUGAGGGCCAGGGGCAGCUGGUCAGGGUGGAGAUGUUCAACCCGGAGGCGUGCCAGAAGAGCAAGCGCAGAAGCGUCCUCGCCACCGGCACCGGGAGUGUCCACAUCAGAUUUGGCCGUGACGAUGACGCUGCAGAAGGCCGUAGCGGUGACCGGAGGUACCGCCCCAACGCCCCGUACUAUGGAGGUUCCAUUUCGGAUGUGGAGGCAGGGAUCAUGAACCGUGGGUCAACCACCAAGACGGCCGCUCCCGGGAGGCCCAGCGGGGGGCGCCUGUCGGCCGACGCCGGCCUGAACGUCCCAGUGGACUUCUCCGAGUUUCCCACGCAGGCAGAGCUCCCGAGCGGCCGCAGCACGGACGACGAGCUGCUGCAGACACGCCGAGGCCUCAGCGACCUGGAGAUCGGCAUGUACGCGCUGCUGGGCGUCUUCUGCCUGGCCAUCCUGGUGUUCCUCAUCAACUGCAUCUCCUACGCCCUCAAGUACCGCAACAAGCAGCUGCCCCUGGACGGCCAGGAGACCAUGGCCCAUGCCCAUGACUGGGUCUGGCUGGGCCACGAGGGCGAGCUGCUGGAGGGACCCCACGGCCUGUGCCUGCAGCAGGAGGAUCUGGGCAGCAUCCUGGACUCUGGCCUGGGCCUGGAGGAGGGCAGCCAGCUGCUGAACGGGGUGUCCAUGCAGAAGAGCGUGCAGGGCCAGGUACACCGCUCAGCCCUCGACAUGGGAGUCUGCCCGGGGAAGGAACACAAGAGCGAGUCGCUCAAUUCGCCAACCACCAAGAGGAAACGGGUGAAGUUCACCACCUUUGGCAGCUCCAAGUCCAACAAUGGCUGCCCGGCCAUUAGCCCGCUGGUGCUCGCCCAGAACAACGACAUUAAGUGGGUAUGCCCAGACAUCGAACUCGGGGACUCCAAGGAGCUCCGCAAUUACAUGGAGAGGCUGAAUGAAAACGCUUCGAAAAGCCUUGCGUAGUUCCAAUGAUAUCCUCUCUUUCUCCCCCCCGCUUCCUUUUUCCUUCUUUUCUUUUGGGACAAAGUGUAGCUCACACAUAUUGCCUUUAUGGUGAGGAGGAGCGAGGAAGGCGGUCAGACUGGCACAGCUGCAGGGAGGCUUCCCAUGAAUUAAGACAGACCAUUCAUCUAGAGUCGUUGCCACGGCAACUGUCCAAGGGGUUGAUCUUCAGGAGUGAAGGGAAGGGGGAGAGAGACCACAGAGGAGAUGUCAAAACUACGAACACCACGGCUAGAAAUGCAUAGGAUGCCCGUUUUACUUCUGUUCAUUAAAAAGACACUAAUUUAAUUUCAAUAACUUACAUGAUUUAGGUGUUAUUUGUUGACUUUUCUACACUUUUCCAUGUAGGAUGAGAUUAGUUGUUUUUUUUUCUCCCUAGAGCGAUAUCCUGAAAGUCAAAUGAUGUGCGAGUGUGUGCAUACGUGUGUUUGAGUUUAGAUAUGUGUACAUAGUCAUAAAUUCUCUAUGAUGGCAAGUGAUGAAAACCUUCAGCUGUAAAUAAACUACAAACUCUGACUUGGUCUAACUUGUACAAACAACAAGCGAUACAUUUUGUAAGGUUUUACAUAUUUUUAUACAUUUUGGUUUUGGUCUGUUAUCAUUUCUCUCUUUAUUUGACCCCUUUGUCCUUUAAAGACAAGCAAUCCUUUAUGUCAUCCCCUAAACAUAGAGACUAUGUCUAUUUUGAAUUUAAACAAAACCUAGUAAAUAGUACAUACUGCAGAGAUGUCCCUUAUUAUUGUUAAUGGUCUCUCUCCCACAGUGCUGUUCAGUAUUACUGAAAUGUUCCUUGUGUUACGACGUAUAUGUUGCUUCAGUAUUGUAGACCAACGGAAGGUGUGAGUUUUACCAGUUGCUGUCAGUUCUCUGUACACUGUACAUGGGCUCUUUCCUCCUUUAUCUGUGAUUUUUUCUCUUUCGUUUGGUGAGUCUUAUAUAUAGACAGAUGACAUUUGAAAAGGCUAUCUGGAACCCAUUUUUGCUGUGUUACAUUUUUUUUAUCUUUUGCUCAAGGUUUUUAGCACAAGCCACAGCCUCUGUUGAUAUGCUUAAAGGUAGCCAAGGGGAUAUAUGUGAAAAAACCUUUAAUACCUCUAAACUGGUCUACUGAAAGAAUAGCAGGAGACACAUUAAUAUUCCAUUCCUGUGUUUCCUAUUGAUUGCCAACCCUUGACUGAGUUAUGACUUAUGCUAUGACAUGCUUGACAUGAUGCAUAUUCAACCAUAAAUGCUAGAAGUUAAGUACAGAAAGUAUGAAUAUAUUCAGUUUUUUUUUGUAGUUGUUUUUCACACACGCUAACUUGUAUUUCAUUUAAAUAUUAUUUGGCUUAUCAACACAACUCACAUAGCUGCCAUCAAAUAUUUGACUCGCCACAAGACCAGAUGGCCUAUAAUCUGAUGAAUUGGACAUAGUUUAUAUAGAAACUAACUUGCGUUAACUGUAAGACCUAUGUCCAGAGGAAGGGAAGAUAGUUACCCCAUAGCUCUGUGUGAGAAGGGGGGCGAUUUGAGAUCACUUGUGUCAAACCACAUCUGCUGUGUCCAUUUAUGUCUUUUUUUUUUUUGGUUGUUUUGCACUGAUUAAACUAUUGGCAACCCUC